CCGUCAGCACCGACGACGGAUACUACAGCUGAUUUUGUCAUUCUGCAAAAGUUGGCUGGCGCAAGACUUCCAUAGGCCUUCAUUGUGGAAGACAGGACCUGCGGGCCAACGCCGCCGAAAGGUGUCUUUGUCUCCUUAAAGUCAGCCUGGAAGCUUUUUCAUCCUGCAGCCGCGCGCAAGCAUGGCGUCGAUACGCAAUCAACCCCAAUACGAUUUUCUAGCGGGCGGCGACGCGCCGUCGCCCCCCAAAGCUCGGGCGAAGCGACAUGAAGACUACCGACAGAAUCAGCCGCUCCCGCAGUCCUUGCCAACCGAAGAGCUGCAUGCGCGCAUCCGGACGCUCGAAUACGAGCUGGCAACUCUGAAGCAGGAGAAGGAAGUGACGCAGCUGCAGCACGAGCAGGACGUGCGUGGGCUGCAAGAGAAAGCUGAAGAAGACUUCCGCCGCAGCCAGAAGUUUGAGUCUGCGAACGCCGCGAUCCAAAGGCGGUACGAUGCGCUGCUUCGGGAGAUGCAGGACGCGCAGGCGAUGGCCACAAAUGAGAAAUCGGAUCUCGAGCGCAGGUUGAGGACCGUGACGGGGCAAAAGGCAGCGCUGGAAGAGGAGCGGGACGAGGCGCUGGAGCAGCUUGCCAACUUUGAGCGCGAGAACGGCAGGAGCAUGGUGGAAACGGAGGCCAAGUACGCGUCGCUGCAGAGGUCCUUUGAUCUCUUGCGGGAGGAUUUUGACACGCAGGUGGCGGCGGCACAGGCGGCGCAGCAGAAGCUCGCGGAGAGGGAGUCGCAGGUUGGCCAGCUGGAGAGUGAGAUCGUCGCACUGAAGGCUGCCGGUGGCAGCGAGGAGGUAGACGUGCUGAAGAGGCAACUGAGCGAGCAGGUCACACAGAUCAAGAGGCUCGAAAAGACGAACAGGGCACAGAGUGCAGAGCUGGCGGAGUACCGAAAGUCUCACAAGAGCCUUGAGGUUGUGGAGGAGGAGAAGCGAGGGCUGGAGGCAAAGCUUAAGAUGAUGCAGACGCUGCGGGACGAGCUCGCGCAGUGUCAGCUUCGCGUGCAGGUGCUCGAAGAGGAGAAGAACAGCUGGGCUAGUUACCUGGACGGUCAAUUGUCAGACGAGCAGUUUGAAUCUCCUGCGGACUUGGCACGGGCAUUCAUGCAGCAGCGGAUCGAAAAUGCGAGCCUGGUGGAGCAAUUGGGCGCGGUGAAGCCCGAAUUGAACGCAAAGGACGAGACGAUUCGCGAUCUCGAAGAAGAGAGGGCUCGUUUGCAAACCGAGGUUGAGCAACUGAAAGCUGCUACCGCUGCCGGUGGCGGAACCGGUGGCACGUCCGACGCCAAGGCAAGAGCCCGACUUGAGAGACAAAAGGCCCUGGCUAUAAAGGAGAGUGAGUACCUACGUGCUCAGCUGAAAGCUAUGGAUGACGAGGAGCAAGAGUUCCACCCGGAGAGACACUCGGAGCAGGUCAGCAAGAAGAUCAAGGAGCUCCAAGACCUCGUGGACGAGCAUCGCGCUGAGCUGGACAAGUUGCACGCGGAACUGAGCGCCAUCGAGAAGCAGGAGACGCCGACGACACCUGCGGCGUCUAAAAAGCGGUCUCUCGACGAUACGCCAGAUGAACGGGUGGGCGAGCUCCUGCGCAAGAACCGCAAACUCCAAGAGGAGAUGUCCAAGUACAAGACGCGGACGGAAGUGCUGGAGGCUGAGGCGCGGGCACACAAGAAGCAGCUGGAAGGCCUCCGGUCCGACAAGUCGUCGCGGCACCGCAUCCUCGAGUUGCGGAACAAUCCGACGGCGCAAGUGCAGGCCAUCAAGCAGUCGACGCUCGACGCGCUGCGCGAGGAGAACGAGACGCUACGAGCCCAGCUUGACGGCCGGCUGCCGACCACUGCCGCCGACUCUGGCGCCAUUAGCGACGUACUGAUCCCCAAGGCCAGCCUGCAUAGCUUGCAGCUGGCGCUGCAGGCCAAGGAGCAGGAGCUGGCGUCCAAGGAGAAGGCUCAGAAGCGGCUGCGCGAUAUCUUCGCCGCGAAGGCCCACGAGUUCCGUGAGGCCGUCUACUCGCUGCUCGGCUGGAAGCUCGAGUUCCAGCCGAACGGUCGCGUCAAGGCCACCUCCAUGUUCCACCCGGGCAAGAAGGGGAAGAGUGGCGGUGGCGGAGGCGGUGGCGAAGGCAGCAAACGACAAGAUGACGACGCCGACGACGCCGCCGAGGAAGCGGGCAACUUCAUCGUCUUCGACGGCGAGAACGCAACGAUGAAGAUCAGCGGCGGCGUCAGAAGCGAGUUCGCCAACGAGAUCAAGGGCCUGGUUGACUUUUGGGUCGACGGCCGCGGCCAGGUGCCGUGUCUGCUGGCGGCCAUGACGUUGGAGUUCUUCGAUCGGUAUCACGAUCAAAAGGGCAAAUGAAUUUGGAGUCUGGGGAGCCCCGCGGGGGAGGUGCCGUUUUGCACGCCUUUCGCAUUGUGCCUUGUGCCUCGUGUUUCCCGCCCUCUUGUGCUGAGAUGAGCGAGCCAAGAAUCGAAAGCGGGAAGUGAGCGAAGCAGCGCGGUGUUUUGUUAACUUUUUGUAUGUUCCUAAGAUGGACUGAGACAUGGAUGAAUUGGGGCCAGAUGACGACGCUGCUUCUGCCGCGACUAGUAUCGUUACUAUUGCACCUGCUGUACUACUACGACUACUACUGAAAGUACUAAUGGCAGCUGCCGUUUCAGAGCCCAAUGUAUCCCAAUUGUUUGUCUUGUGCGGCCGACGCUCACGAGCAUCAGUCACUCUGGAUAACUCAUCAACGGAAGCAUGCCAAUUUCAUCCGUCACGUCCGUCAUCCUCUCGAGCAGUUCAACCUAAUCUCUGCCCAUCCCGAGCUAGACGUAGCGACGGGCCCGGUUGCGCGGAGCCCAC